GCUUCAUCAAAACAUGCAUAACUUGCACGAAAACACAAUGUCGGAACCGAUAACUUUCUGGACAAUAUGAAAGACUUUGUGAUGUUGCAUAAAGUGUUAUUUAUCUGUGUUUUUGGAAUGUGUAUUUCUUUCAAACUGAAAUGUCCAGAUCAUUCACAAUGGUCUUUGAGAGCCAGAGCAUUCUGUCCAUCAAAUCCAUUAAAGUAUUCCUGCAUUCAGAAUGAACAUAUUAAAGGAUAUACUGAAGAUUGUUCAGUAGCUCAAUUUGAGAAAGGAGGCAUGAAGAUAAUCUUGCGAGGUAAUUUGGAUGCGGGACCAUGUUUUGAAAAACGAUAUCAACCAAGUCAAAUAAAGUUUUUAACAAAUGUUAGCAGUGAAUGUACAUUUUCAAAAUCACAAUGCUAUGAAGAAGGUCAAAUUUUAUAUGAUAAAGGAAGUCCCACUCAAGAUGUUCAGUGCAGAUGUGACUUUACACAAAACUACGACUUCAUUUCUAGACAAACUGCCUCUAGAUAUUGCAAACCCUCUGAAGGAGAUUGUUCUUGUUUUAAAAAACAGUGUCGUUUAAUAGAUUAUUCAUGCAUUUCAACUCCCCCAAGAGGAAAGAAUCCACUGCCAAAUACAUUAAGAAACGAACCAGUCCCGCCAUUUAUUGUACAGAGAAAUAUCACAAAACGAGACAAGAUAAAUCGAUCACCAUGUACAACAAUUAUUUUGAUUUCAAUCAUACUUGUCUUUCCAAUGUCAGUGCUGCUUUUUUAUGACCAUAUCAUGCAUAGAAUAGACAAGUUUAUUGACAAACAGCUUCGAAAAGUUCAGAAUUACGCUGGAUCGAGAAUGCAAACUUCUGAGACCGAUUUUCCAGAACAGGAGGAUUCAACAACCCCACCAACAAUAAUCAUAGACCAGGCUGGUGUAACUGACAAUAAUUCUCUAAACCUUGCAAAUAAUGAGUCUGAUAAAUGUUGUAUCAGAGAUACUCAAUGGAUAAAAUCAAGCAACAUAAAUUCCUUUAGUUCUGAUGGAAAGCCUGUAUUUGAUGAAUGUAUCCUCAACAAAUGGAAAAAAUUAGAGUCAGACAAAAACUGUACAAUAAGUGUUGAACCAUGUUACAAAAAAAAAGUUUUUAAGAAAGGGUGGAUUGCUAAAUCAGACAACGAGUUAAUGAACAUUUUGUAUAUGAGUGGAACAUUGCAAUCAAUAGGAGCUGAUAUCAUUCUCUGCCCAGUCAAUAGGGAAUUGAUACCUAUAGGAUUUGAUUCUGAAGUAUUGAUUGGAGGUCUGAACAAGGAAAAGCUGGAUAGACUACUACCUAAAACAGCCGAGAAAAAUCUCCAGAUUGGUAAUGUGGAACGAAUGUAUGAUCCAGAAAAUAUUAACUGCCACUGUUUACUUUUGACUGUUUUUGAUGAGAAUAUGAAGGAAAACUCUGAUUCUCUGGAACACAAUGUAGCAGCAAACAUUAUCAAUACUCUAGAAACAAGUCGUUUUAGAAGUUUAGGAAUAUCACUGAACUACAACAAAAGCACAGAAUGGAAACUGUUUUCUAUCACAUUGCUGUCUUGUUUAUUGAGGAAGAGUUCUAAACUGAAGGUUCCAGUUGUGGUUUAUUGCUUUGGUGAAAAGGAAGAGUUUGAUUAUCUUGACAAACACCUACCAGUAGAGUUGAAGAGUUUGCUUCAUAUAAAAACAGAGCCUUUAAAAUACAAUGUUGAAAAGACCUCAAUUAAAGUGACAGUAGAAAAAGGAUCCAUACUUAAAUGUGAUACCACGGUAGAUGUCAUAAUUAAUUCUGUAGGUGUUUCUCUCAAUUUGAGCAACGGGAUUGUGUCAAAACAACUUGUGAAAGAGGCUUGUAAAUCUAUUCAGGAGGAAUGUAAAAGAAACUACAAAAAUGGCAUCAAUAUAGGAGGCAUUGCCAUCACUUCUGCAGGGGAUAAAUGUUUUAAAUGGAUUUUCCAUGUAGCAUUGUAUACAUACUGGGUAAAUGAUGGAAAUAUUUCUGCUGAAAUUUUGAAGAACAUCGUGAUAAAAUGUUUGAAUGAAGCUGAAAACAAGAAAAUGGCCUCCAUUGCUUUUCCUGCUCUUGGAACAGGUACUUUAGGAUAUCCGCCAUCUGUGGUUGCCAAUACAAUGUUUGCUGCUGUUGAUGAGUAUGAAAGGACGAAUCCAAAGCGGGUUGUUUUUGUCCUGUUUGAAGAUAAUGUAUUUGAGUAUUUUGAAAAUAUUGGCAAGUGGAGGAAAGACACAGUAAAGAACAGUGUAGAAUAUGAUAUUCCACCAAAGCAAUUGGUGUUUAUUCAUAAAGACUUUGAAACCAGAGUUAAAGUAACAGAUAAGGAACAUGUAACCAGUUUGAAAUAUAAAGAUUUGAAGGCAUUUGUUACAGAAUCUGGAAGUCUAGAUAUGAAAAUGGAUUGGAACGAUCAAGAUGGCUGUUUUGUAACAAAGAUAAAAGCUGGAAAAACUGAAGAGGAAGUCAAAGCAUAUUGUGCAAUAUUAAUUAAACAUAUGCAUGAAAACAGAUUUCAAAUGGUUGAUUUGUUUUUUCAUAACAUAUCGUCAGAUGUCCCAGUAAAUGAUCAACUGACGAUUCUUAUGAGUGCAAUACAACAACAUGGAGAACGAAUUAAAAAGACUAAUUUGACACAAAAUGGGUUACCAGAAAUUAAUUAUGUUAAACUUGUGAGGGUUUUUCUCAAGUCUGAAGAUUAUGCAGAAAUUGAAAAAGAAUAUAUACAGCCAAAUGACAAUCAGGAGGCAGGUAAACAUGGUAAAUGGAAAUGUCGUGUCUCAGAACAAUCAUCCUUUCCGUUCAUUGUGGAAGUUGUUGGACCCAGUAGUAAGGCUGAUGAUGUGUAUAACGAAGUUGUGCAUGACGUUUCGUCUAUUCAGGUCAAUAUGUUGUACCAAAGGCGCAGUUAGCCAAUGAGUCGUAUGCAGUUAUAGAGUACAGAAGUUCAUCCGUUAGGGAAAUAAACUUUAUCGACAAAGUCAGAUAGGCUGUGUAGGCUGAUACAGAAAACAUUCGAUAAGGAAUUUGGUAUCAAAGGUCAACAGAGGGAUGGCUUAAAGAAAUAACUUCAUUUCCAUUCCUUUUAUCAAAUGUCAAAACAUGUGAUUAAGCAUAUUGCAAAGAAAACUCUAUACGGAUUUAACUUUUUUUUAGAGAGCGCGUAUACGUAGUGUCAAUCAUUUGCCAUAAAACUUAACAUUGCAUUGUUUAUUUUGGUUAUACUAAUAAUACUUAUAUCAUGUAUAUUAUGUUAUAGAAAGUAUAGUUCUGUUUAAAAACAUCCUGCACUCUUUAACGUGACAUUUAGUAUAAAACAAAACUUAAAUCAUGGUAAAAUGUAAUUUGUUUACAGUGACUUGACUGUUAGUGUUGCU